AUGGGGAGCCUGGUUGUUCUUGGAAACCUUUCGCUGCCUGACCCUGCUCCAAGAAGCUGUUUGCAGUGCGGACCUGCCGCUGGUUCCUGGGAACUGCCACCGCCUCCACCACCGCCGACCUCGCCACCGCCGCUGCCUCCGUGGGGCUUUCGGCCUCCCGCACACAACGCAGGUCCCCGGUCCCAGAGCAGGAGCCGCACCCUGGCGCGGAUCGCAGGAAUGGCGGAGGGCUGCGUGGGCCGGACCUUGGCAGGGGCGGCGGGGGCGCCGGGCGCGGGCGUGAGUGGUGGCCCCAGCAACCCCGCCUCGCUUCCGCCCGGCGACCCUCAGCUCAUCGCGCUCAUCCUGGAGCAGCUCAAGAGCCGUGGCCUGUUUGACAGCUUCCGCCGGGACUGCCUGGCGGACAUGGACACCAAGCCAGCUUACCAAAACCUGAGGCAAAAAGUGGAUAAUUUUGUGUCAACAUAUCUAGACAAGCAGAAAUGGAAUCCUACCAUGAACAAGAACCAGUUACCAAAGGGGCUGAGGCAGAGCGUGGUUCAGUCGGGGAUGCUGGAAGCAGGAGGAGACAGGAUUAUUUCUCAGGUGGUGGAUCCAAAACUCAACCACAUCUUCAGGCCACAGAUCGAAGGAGCGAUUCAUGAGUUCUUGGCGGCCCAGAAGAAAGAAGCUGUGCUGUCGCCCCCUCUCGAGCCAGAGAGCCAGGACCCACCAGUGCCAUCCCAGGACACUUCCUAA